AUGAUCGGCCUAGUUGUGUUUUUUGGUGCGUUAACAACCUGUUCUGCGAAUAGUUAUGUCGAGAGAGAGUUUUUGCACAUACGCGCCACUCUUAACCGCCAGGAGAGGGAAAUCAAAGAACUCAGAAGUGAGAACAGGGUUCUGCGCGCCGACAUGGACAACCUUAACGCGGAGAUUGAGAGACUUAGAAAUGGUCUAAACUCUUCGCCCUGUCACGAUGACGAAAUUCGACAAAACAAUAACAGUGAAGACGAGACAAUACAAAGCAAGCAACUUAAUAUGAUGUCAGAGUCUGGAGUGGAACGAAUACGACACACAAGGAUAUCCCCUGAGCCUGUUGCCUUCUAUGCGUACAUGAGUAGCAAUGAACCAAAUCCAAGCCUCCAUCGCUCCUUAAUUUUCGAUGUCGUGAAAACAAAUUUGGGUGGCGGUUACAACAAAUAUAGCGGGAUGUUUACAGCACCAAGUCCAGGUGUAUAUGUGUUGACUUGGACUAUUUAUACUGGAAACCAUGGAAUAACCGAAUUUGAGAUAUACAUUAAUCAUGAUGUUGUAGAUGGUACUUUUGGUGAAACUGAUGACAACCAAAACUAUUUUGAUUCUGAUUCUGGAACUAUGGCAGUGUGGCUUAAUGCACAUGAUAAUGUUUAUAUUCGCUCCACCAUACUAUGCACUACUUAUGUUGCCAGUGAAGUCCACGCCAGAACAUCUUUUGCCGGAUGGAAAUUAAACUGA